AUGAGGCGGACGAAAAUCUGCCAUCCGCCGCGCAUCUAUCUGGCGUCUCCCGCCCGACCCCCGGCCGCCGGCCGCGGUCCCUCGCUCGAACGCCCGCCCCGCCACCAGCCGCCGCUGCUCCUCGCGCCCUUCCUCGGUGGCGCCGCCUCCGGCUCCUUGCCGACCGUCACGCCCCAGCGCGGCCUCCCUCCGCGGCACAUCAGCCCCGUGCCGCCCAUUGCAUCCCAGGGCGGUGUUCCCCCGCCCCCGUGCCACCUGCAGCGCCCUCCCUCAGCGGCGCCCCCGGCCAACACACCCUCCCUCGGCGGCGUCCAGCCCGAGAUCCACCGCCGAGCUAGAUUUCUUAUGCUUAAUGUUGACAUUGCCCUAACUGCUUUCAGAAUAACUUUUGAAGUGUUCAGUUGGACAGAUAGUAAAGCAGUGACUAAAGUAAUGCCCUUGUGUGGUGCAUUGAGCUGAGACAGUUUGUUAGAAAGGAUCUAUUUUCUUCUAUAAGACUGGGUUUAUCUGUUGAGUUGAAUGUCGUUGUCAGUGCAGAGCUUAUUGGACCUUGUCGAGAAAUAUAUCUUUAUCUGUCAGACAAAGAUCCUGCACCUAAACAGGUAUUUUUUUCUGAGAUCUUGACAGACUAUAUCUUUAUUUGGAAAUUCUGUAUUUUGUGGUUAUAUCAACGCACUGAAUUAUUGUGCCAAAAAAAUGUUGUGAAUUUGUUGUCCCAAACUGUUGUCAGUACCACUUGAACUCACUGCAUUGAUCCUUUUUUGUUUUUCACUUUGGCUCUAGAGGCUUUGGUCAUGCAUGGUUGAGAAAGUAAAACAGGAAGACAAGUUCAUCACUAAACUAUUCAUAACACCAGUAAGAUAUGCAUACCAUUUGCAGUGAAAAAGUGUUGAACUAUUUAGAUCCUGGACAAUGAGUUUGACUUCAUCUCCAGAUGAGACCAAAAAAAAUUAGGCUAACAAGUAUCACCAGAGGCUUACUUUAGCAGCACGUGAUAUGUUCCCCUCACCAGUUACCAUCUCAGUUGUCUUCCUCAACUCUGUUAUCCCUCCGACACGGCCGACGUCUCUACCACGGUGAGCCACUCCACCAUGACAUUUAUCGCCUCCCGCCUCCACCAGUAGCCUCCCUAUGUUGCAGCUAUGUCUUCUGCUCCUCAGUUUUGCUUCUUCAUGCAUUCUUAUGUAAUGGAAAUUAUGAACAUUUUUUCCUUAUCAUGAACACUUUUUUCCCUUAUCAUGAACACUCUUGUGAGUUUGGCAUGAAUGAGUGAUUCGAUACAGCAAAAGUAAACCCCAAUUAAAAUA